GGGGCUUUUUUUUUAGACGCAAGUUUUUCCCUAUGGAGUCAAGCCCUCCAUCAUAGCCCUCCAUAUUUUUCCCUUAAGAUAUCAUAUUCUUCUUUAAAAGAUAAUAUUUUCGAAAGGCGCGUGGUCAUCGUGAAACAAGAAGAAGAAGAAGAUAAUAUCAUAUUUAUUUUCCUAUGACAUAUGGCCGUGAUAUGGCUAUUCAGGUUAAAAAGAAGAAUAACAAGCUUAAAUUUGAAUCUAAAGUGUAACGUUUUCCCUGUUAUUUGUUUUUUGUAAUUCAUGAACUUAUAUAUGUAUAUUUUUUACAUAAAAUCUUAUAUACAUGUGCGGCUUGUGCUAUAGAUUCUACCGGAAUAUUUAUCUUGAAACGCUUUUCGGAAGCCUUAAUGUUAAACUGAAAUAUGAGCUCAAAGAGGCAAAGUAUACCAAUUGAAGAAGGGCAAGUAUUUUCUGAUGAUGAGGAACUAUAUGGUUCAGAUGAUGAAGGAACACGAAUUGACGGCAUUUACAUUCCUCCUGCCACAAAACCAACACUUUCAUUUGAUCCUACAGGCCCUCGAUUGAUGAUAACUAAGAUAUAUAAUAAUUUCUUUAAGAGUUAUGCUGAAAAUAUUGUUUUGGGACCAUUCCAUAAAUGCUUCAAUGCAAUUGUUGGGCCAAAUGGCAGUGGUAAAAGUAAUGUUAUUGAUUCCUUGUUAUUUGUAUUUGGAUAUAGAGCAACAAAAAUCCGUUGCAAGAAAGUCUCGGUGUUACUACAUAAUUCAGAAAAUUUUAAGAAUAUUCAGUCUUGUACAGUGUCAAUCAACUUUGCUCUUAUAGUUGAUAAGGAUAGGGACAGUUAUGAAGUUGUCCCAGGUAGUGAGUUUACUAUUUCAAGAACUGCAAAUAAAGAUAACUCCUCCUAUUAUGAAAUGGAUGGUAAAAGAGUACAAUUCAAAGAUGUAGCCAAAGUAUUAAAAAAGCAUGGUAUUGAUCUGGAUUACAAUAGAUUUUUGAUUCUUCAGGGAGAAGUAGAACAAAUAGCUAUGAUGAAAUGUAAAGGAGAAAAAGAAGGUGAAUCUGGAAUGUUGGAGUAUUUAGAAGAUAUUAUUGGAACAACUAGAUAUAAGAAACCUUUGGAACAAAUAAAUGAAAGAGUUGAUAUGUUAUCUGAGAAAAGGACAGAGAAACUAAAUAGGUUGAGAUUGGUCGAAAAUGAGCUUGAACAACUGAAAGAGCCCAUGGAGGAGGCUGUAGGAUUUCUUAAGACAGAAAACAAAAUUGUACAAAACAAAAAUUUUCUUUUCCAAAAGGCAAUAAAAGACAUUAAAGCCAAAACUGUAACUGAAAAAGAAAAUUGUGAAGAAGCUUUAACAGCCCAGAAAAUAGUUGAUGAUAAACUGAAAGAGUUUGCAGAAACAAAGGAGAAAUAUAUGCAGACUCAAGACAGAGAGGCUAAAAUAUAUGAACAUUUAAAAAAGAAAAAGGAAAGCAUAAGUGAAGCAUAUAAUAAUGCUGAUAAGAAAGACAUGCAGCUACAAGCUGACAUGACCAGUACAAAUAACAGAAGAAAAAAAAACAAGGAAACAAUAGUUUUAGAAAAGAAAAAACUGACCAAGCUAGAAAAUGUUCCCAAAGAAAGUGAAGAGAAUAUUAUUGAGUAUGAAGCUAAAAUGCAGAGUAUGAUAAAACAGAAAGAACAGCAUGAGAAUGAAAAGAGUGUUCUUAUGAAAAAAAUACAAAAGGAUACAGAACAUUUGCAAAUAAAAAAAGAGAAACUACAAGAAGAACUAUCCAAGUUGAAAGAAAAUGUUGACAAAACAAAGUCGAAUUUUGCUCUGGCUGAAACUGAACUUAAAGUGUGUAUAGGAAAGGAGGAAACUGAAAGAACAAAGCUGGAAAACUUGAAGAAACUCUAUGAAACUUCACAAACAACUAUAGAUGAAAGGAUAAAGCAAGUGCAAGAAUUGAAAAAGAAGAUACCUGUAACAGAGAAAUCAUUGAAUGAUGCUAAUGUGGAGUUAUUAGAGGCUAGGCAAAAUGAAGCUACUCUUGUCAAUAAAAUCAGAUCAAAAAGGGGCACAUUAGAAGACGGCAAAUGUGCCAUGCAAGCCUCUAGAUCUAGUGGAAGGGUCUUGGACGAACUAAUGAGAGCUAAAAGAGAAGGCAAAUGUCCAGGAUUGUUUGGAAGAUUAGGUGACUUGGGAGCGAUUGACCAAAAAUACGAUGUAGCCAUAUCUACAGCCUGUGGACCAUUAGAUAACAUUGUUGUAGACACAGUGGACACUGCCCAGUGGUGUAUAGAGUUUUUGAAAAGACAUGAUAUAGGAAGGGCCGUUUUUAUUGCUCUAGAAAAGCAAGAGCAUCUGAGGAACCUAACCAAUUCAAGAAUACAAACACCUGAAAACGUUCACCGACUGUACGAUUUGGUAAAAGUAAAUGACGAAAGGGUCAAAACAGCCUUUUACUAUGCCUUAAGAGACACUUUGGUGGCAAAUGACCUUAACCAAGCUUCAAGGAUAGCUUAUGGUGCCCGAAGGUACAGAGUUGUAACACUUAAUGGAGAUCUAAUAGAAACCACAGGUACAAUGAGUGGUGGCGGUAGAAGACAAAUGCGCGGCAGAAUGGGACAGUCUGUAGCAAUUGCAAAUGUCAAUCCAGCAGAUUUACAGGCACUAGAACAGGAACUGCAAGCUAUGGAGAACAACGUGAGGGACGUGCGACAGAGACAGAACUAUUUGGAAUCUCAAAUCAGCGAGAUGCAACCUCAGUUAAAAUCAAUGAAAAUCGAUUUAGAUAAAUACUCUCAGGAACUAAAGAGCUUACAACAGCAACAACCGAAUAUCGCAAGACAAAUCAAACAGCAAGAAGCAAUGUCCAAAUCUACCAAAGCGGAUGCAAAAGAAGUUCAGAGAUUGACCGCGAUUGUCGAACAGAAGAGGAAAGACUAUGAUGCCGCUUCUAAAACAGCGAGCGUUUUACAAAUUCAAGUUGAUCAGAUAAAUAAGGAAAUCAAAGAGAAGACGACAGGAAAGAUUCGUAAAGUCGAGAACAGUAUCAAAGAAUGCACUAAAAUAAUCGAAAUGUGUAAAUCUGAAACGGCGAAAGUCAAGGUCGCGGUGAAGACAGCAGAGAGAAAUUAUAAAACUACAAAAGAGAAUAUCACUCGUAUGGAACAAGACGUUGAAGCAAUGGAAAACAGUCUGAGAGCUAUGAAAAAGGAGAGAGACGAGAUGGAAGAAGAUGCUAAGAAGCUUUUGACUUGCAUCGAGGAAAUUACUGAGCAGUUACAAGAAAAAGAAAAAUUAUAUUCAGAGGCAAAAAAAGAAGUGGAAGGUAUUAUGGGAAAAGAAAAUAAAUUGAAAUCUGAAAAAAUCGAUGUGGAUGAAAAAGUUAAUAUCCACAAUAAGAAACUAAAAGAAUUUAAGGCAGCAAUUCGGUCGUGGGAGUCGAAGUUAAAUGAACUAACGUUGCAAGAUAUACCAAACCAAACAGCUGAAGAAUUACAAAAAUUUACAGAUGAAGAAUUGGAAAACAAAGAUGCUGAGCACGCAGAACGAGAACUAAAAGCCGCAGAAAAUCACUUGAAAGCAGCUAAACCAAACUUACACAUUAUUCAAGAAUACAGAAAAAAAGAGACCCUGUAUAUUAGUCGGGCCAAGGAGUUUGAGGAGGUCGAAUUGAAAAGAACCGAAAUGAGGCAACUGUACGACAAAUUAAGGAAUCAGAGGAAGGAGGAGUUCAUAUCGGGGUACAAUAUAAUAAAAUUGAAAUUGAAAGAGAUGUACCAGAUGAUCACUUUAGGAGGUGACGCAGAUUUUGAAAUGGUAGACACGUACGACCCGUUUACUGAAGGUGUUCAAUUUAAUGUACGACCUCCGCGAAAAACCUGGAAGAAAAUCUCGAAUCUUUCUGGAGGUGAGAAAACACUGUCAUCGUUGGCUUUAGUCUUUGCUUUACACUAUUACAAACCGUCCCCGUUGUAUAUUAUGGAUGAAAUAGAUGCAGCCUUGGAUUUCAGAAACGUAUCUAUAGUAGGAAACUAUAUAAAGGAAAGAACAACCAAUGCACAGUUUAUAAUUAUUUCACUACGUUCCAACAUGUUUGAAUUGUGUGAUAAUCUCGUGGGCAUCUACAAGACCUACAACACUACAAAAACUAUAACUAUUAACCCUAAAUUAUAUGAUAAUGGAUCCAGACCUACUCUAAAUAAUACUGAAUUAGAAAAUUUAAAUAAGCAAAAUACAACACUUGAAGGAAUUCAGGAAAGUCAGGAAAUGGAACAGUCAGAAUCUACACAACGUUCUGAAGGACAAACUCCAUCUCUUACACCUGAAACUAUUCCAGAAACUCCUGAAAAGUCUUCAAGAUCUUCAGAAGGAGACUCAAAUAAAGAGAAUACGUCACUUAACAGUAUUCCAGAAAGCGAGUGUGACGAACAGAACGCAAGUACUUCAGAUACGCCUUCUCCCAUGGAUGAAGACACCGCAUAAUUUUUUUUUAAUUAUUCAAUUGUGAAACGAGGAUAAUAAAUUUGUAUU